AUACAUACAUACAAAUGAAACAGAUGACAGGAUACUUUCACUAUAACCACAAUCUCAGAUUGAUAUCUCAACAAGGAGACAUGGUGUGCUUGGGUACUCCUAUAGUCACUGACUAAUUUAAAUCCCCCAAGACAUGGUUAUUCAUGAAUGUCUCUGGUGGUGAAAUCCCACAGUUGUUAAUUAAUUUUAAGUUUUAUUUUUAUAGUCAAUAUCACAUACAGAGGUUCAAAGAGCUUCACAGGCAUAAAAACGUAUUGAUAAACGAGGCCACUUUAAUUUAAGACAUUUUAACGCAUGAGUAAAAAUCAAUGAUACAUAUAUAAAAUCCUAUGAAGCACAACGAGAGGAAUGAACAAAAGCAUCAAACAGAAACAGAAAGUCAAUGUGAGAUUGAUGGAAACUGUUACGUUUUCUCUGGGUAGACGUGAACAAUGACAGGUUAAGUUCAUAAACUGCAAGCAUUCGCCCAACUAAGGCGCACUGUGUUAUCCGAGAAAAUCAAAUCUAACAAACUGUGCAUGAAAAACAAACAACUUAGACACUCUUACAUAAUACUGCAUGUCCUUUCAGGUGGAAGACUGGAAGCUUGUGCUGCUGUUUGUGCCCGCAGAUUUCAUAUGUGCCUGUUCGUCACAUGUUGAAGAAGAUAUUGAGGCUGCGGUGCAGGAAGUGGAAGCAGCUCUGCAGAUACUGCAGAAACGGCUGCAUCGUACUUUAGUUCAUGUGGUCACCUGGAGUGGAUAUCAUCAGCAAGAUAACACGUGUGAGUGUAAUGCCAAACGCCUAUUUAAAGCAACUCUCCUGAAAGCACUGCAGGAUACUCUGAGCCAUGUCUUCAAAAAUCCAAAGUGGAACAACAACGGUGCAGACUUCACUGUUAUGUUGCAUUCAGCCCCAGCUAUCCUUGAGCCCCAAUCAGACUCUUCUAGCCUUGACCAGUUGACUAUUCAACUCUGGACAAACCUGUUUCAGCCACUGACAAGUGAGCCCAAGGUUACAGACAGAAAUGCCAUAACUUUUCCUUGCCCUAACCAGGAGCAUCCUUUCCUGCGUACACAGAUUAAUUCCCCUCCUGAAACAGUGGGGGAAUUUUACAACAAAGCAGCAGUUCAAAAUAUGGGUACCGAGAUACCUUGCAAAGACCGUAGCCCGUCUAACACCAUACCCACAUCAGUUAAUGAGCUCAAACCUGGAGACAUCAAAGUGGUGGCAGCGCUUGGUGACUCCCUGACAGCAGCCAAUGGCGUAGGUGCAAAAUUAAAUUUCUGGCCGUUAGUGGCUUUGGAGUACAGAGGAUUGUCAUGGAGCAUUGGUGGUGACAAAGACAUAACCACUGUGACAACUCUGCCCAACAUCCUGAGGGAGUUUAACCCCUCCCUGACUGGAUUCUCUACAGGAAUCAGUACACAGUACAAUAAAAAAGCCUUUCUCAAUCAGGCUGUUCCAGGAGCAAAGAGCGGUGACAUGGUAAAACAGGCGCGCAUCCUAGUGGACAAAAUGAAAAGCGAUUCGCGUAUCGAUUUCAACAAUGACUGGAAAGUUAUCACCAUGUUCAUUGGUGGAAAUGACAUAUGCGCCUACUGCAAGGACACUAAUUAUUACUCACCCAGGAAUGUGGUCCGUCGGAUCAGUGAAGGUCUAGACAUACUCCACAGUGAAGUGCCCCGUGCUGUUGUCAAUCUGGUAGAGCUGUUUAACGUCAAACAGCUGCGUGAUCUGCACAGCGAUCCGACUUUGAGGUGUCCAACUUGGCUUGCAAAGCGUUUUUGCUCCUGUGUGCUGAAUCCUAAAGACGGAUCAGCUGAACUCGAGAUGCUUGAGACCUACAACACAGGCUACCAGGUGUGAA